GCCGCUGCCGCCGCCGCCGCUGCCCCACCUUCGCGCACGCGCGCCGCGCCAGGAUGACAUCCCACCCCCCGCAUCCUCCCUACUGGGAGCCCCUUUGCCAGUUUGUCCGAGCCCGCGGAGGAGCCGCCUCCCUCCAGCCGUACAGCGAUCCGGAGACAGGGGUCCGCGGGUUGGCCUUCGCCGAUGACGCCCCAUCGCCGCGGGAGAUCGUCCGCUUGACCCCCCGGCUGCUUGUCACCCCGCAGCUGGCCCGGAGUAUGAUGGCCAGCUGGCUUGCCGGGGCUCCGGAGCUCGGCCCACCCGGUGCCGUGGCUCUUCUCCCCGCGCUGACCGGCACCCAGGCCUUGGUGCUGUGGGUGCUGCUGCUACACUGGCUCCCGGGCUCGGGCGAGCCCGGCACCGCGGGGCCUCCACGCGGGGCCGAGUGGCAGCACUACCUGGCCUCGCUGCCGAGCAGCGAGUCGUUUCUCUCCCACCCGGCACACCCCCAGGUGUUCCCGCAGGCCCGGCGGCGCUUGCCGCUCGGGGCCCGGCGUUUGGUGGCCGGUGUUCACCAGCGCCUGCAGCAGGAUCUCGCGCGGCUCUCGGCUGUGUGGACUCGGCCCGAGCUGCCGGACGACCUCUUUGCGUGGGCCUGGUUUUGCGUCAACACCCGAUGUGUGUUCUACUCACGGCAAAGCGCAGCCCUUCACCGCCACGGCCCGCCCUCGGAGGAGUGCCAGGCGCUGGCCCCGGUGCUGGACUGGCUCAACCAUCAUCCGCUGGCGCACUUGACCACCACCACGCACAUUGAGCCACGCGGCGGGGCGCUGACCAUUCGGACGACGACCACCACCACCACCACCACCGGCGGGACACCGGAGCCCGGGCUCCCGGAUCCCGGGGCCCUCCACCGGCCGGAGGUGUUCAUCUCGUACGGACCGCACUCGGAUGGCUUCCUCCUGGCUGAGUAUGGGUUUGUGCCGCCGUCAUCGGUGGCCGCUUGGGCCGGCGAUGCCUUGGUCCCCACCACCGGGACUGGCAGGCCCCGUCACAACGCCGAUCCCCUGCGGCGGUCCUUCAAUCCCCAUGACAAUAUCGACCUCCGGGUGGACUUGGCUGCCGGGCGCGAUGCCGUGAUCGAGGCCCUCCAACGGGCCGCAGCCGCCUGCCCUGCUGGGUCCCCGGGGGAGCGGCACUUCACCACACUCGGUGCCUUCCUGUCAUCAGCCCUUUCGGAUGUCGAUCACUCUCCCUGCCCGUUGGACUUUGGCCAGUACCUCUUCGAAAGCCCGGACUCAAGCCUGGAAGCCCUGUGGCAGCAGGAUUACCUGCCGGCGAGGCUUUGCUCGGCCCUGGGAACGCUCGGAUUGCUGGCUGUCCCGGGCUCCGCCGGGCCCGUCCUGCAGCCGUGGCUCGAGCCACCGAGUGACAAGCCCGGAGGCGGUACCUCGGCCCCGGUAACACAGCAUCUCGAGCGUGCCGGGCGCCUCUACUCGCUGGACCUGUCGCCGGCGGCGGCGGCGGCGGCGGCGGGCUUCAACACCGGCCAGGGGGCUGCCGCCCCCUCGUCGAAGCGCCCGCGUCUGGAUGCCGCUGCCGCCUCGGCAAGCGUCGAUCCUGCCCGGCACCUGGAUGCCGCCCGGCUAUGGCUUCGGUGGAUCUGCCACCGGCACCUGGCCCCGGCCGAUGAUGCCUCCACCGAGGGACACCCUGAGCAACCGGCCGGGGGGACGGCGCGGCACGGGGCCCUCCACCCGUACGUUGGCGCCUGCGCCACGCACCUCCAGAACCAGUCAGAUCUCCUGUUCCAAUCGUUGGCAGUAUCUAUCUCUCAGGCAUUGUCACGUGCCUCGUCUUAGUUAAGCCCAGGCGAUUGGUUGCAAUCAACCCACAAUUGAGCGUGCGCGCGCGCGCGCCAUCCCCGGCCG